AUGCCAUCCGUUGGUUUCUUCGAGUCAAGGCAAUCUUCUCAAUGGACCAUGUCUGAGGAUGAUGAGCUACGUCGGCUGGUCAAGGAGUAUUCAUACAAUUGGUCUCUGAUCUCAAGCUGCUUGAGCUCUCCAUCUUUAUUCACAUCUGGGGCUGAACGAAGAACUCCUUGGGAAUGCUUCGAGCGAUGGGUUGGACUGGAGGGCCUCCCCGCCGACAUGUCCAAGACCCAAUAUUUCCGAGCUUACCACCAAAGGCUUGAGACAGCUCAACGCACUGUGCUCGCCCAGCAGCAGGCUGCUCAGCAACAGCAGCAACAGCAACAGCAGGCUAACAAUGGUCAGCCACAACCCCCCUGUUCGCCGCCGGACAACACAGCCGUUGCGAGGAGAUCGUCUCGGCAUCUUGCCUUGUUGGAUGGUAUGCGUAAACUGGCCAAGAAGCGAGAGACUAUGCUUCAAAAGCAGCAGCACGCUUCCCAUCUCGCAUCGUUGAGGAAGGCCAAUGAGGCCAAUCAGCCUAAGCCGCCGAUCACUACCCCUGCUGAGUUCAGUCGUCUCAAGUAUGAUCGGGAAGUGAAACUACAGGAAAGACAGGAACAGUAUCGGCAGCAGAUGAUUGCUCAGCAGAGAGCUAGCCUCGUCGCUCAGCGCAAUGGCCAAUUGCCCAACCAGCAGCAAGCAGGUCUGAAUGCUCAAGGGCGAACACCCAACAGCCUGCCACCGAACUCUGCCAAUGCCAACAUGCCUAAUGGGACAACUAAUGGGGUUCCUACUGCUAUGCAAGCUGGCGUAGGUGUUAAUCAAAACCGUACUCAGCCGAUACAGGGCAUGCCUGCGGUUCCUGCUGCAGUCAAUGGACAGAUGCCUGCCAAUGCGAUGGCGAUGAAAAUGAUGCCUCAAGGUCAGAUGCAGCAACCGGUGGGCCCUAGACCUGGCAUGCCGAUGCAGACUUCCCCAGAUAAUGCUCGAGUGAUCCGGGAAGCCAAUCGUCUUCAGGAGCAGCAGCGUCUUUUGCAAUCGCGACAACAAGGGCAGACACCAGUUCCCCAACAGCAAGGCCAGCCUCAGCAGGCACAGCAGUCAUUCCAUAACCAACAAUUCUCGGCUCAAGGGUCACACUCUCCUAAUAUUAAUAUGCCAAAUGUGAAUGGAGGCCCUAAUAACCCGGCAAUGCUCGCAGCGAUGCAGGCCCAAGGAGGAAUUCAGAGCCCCUCCUUCCAAUCUCAAGCUGUUUCCACUCCGUCACCUCGCAUGGGCCAGCCUAUCUCUAGUGGUGUAGUGCCUACGAUUAGCACAUUCCAAAGUCAGAUCCAACGAGCCAACCCGAAUCUCCCUGCGGAGGAAGUGAACAAGUUGGCAACAGACCGACUCAACCAAUACCAGCAGCAGCGCAUGUCUCAGCAAGCAGCCAUGAAUGCUGCUGCUGGAAGUAUGAACCAGGUUCAAGCCAACUAUCAAGUACCGCAUGGUGGAAAUUUCCAAAAUCCUCAGCAGGCCAACAUGCCCAAUGGGAACCCAGCAAUGCAAGUUCCCCAAAACCAGGGCUUCUCUCCAAUGAUGCGGGUUCCUCAAGCCAAUCAACAAAACCGGGUUGCGCCUACUAGUUCACCGGCGAUGAAUGGAGCUGGAGCUGUUCCUCAGGCUAGCCGAAGUGCUACACCUCAAACCCAGCGCAGUGGAAGUGCUCAAGCUGGGGCCGUUCAGGGUUCCAGCAAGAGUCCUCACCCACCCCCUGCUCAAACAACGAGCAGUUAA